GAAUGGGCCGAGCUGAAGUCAUUAUUUAGGGCCGGGCCUUCUCGGGUAAGGAAACAUCAUCUUCUACAAUCACUGUAUUUACAGUCACUGCAAAAUGUGAGAUAGAAGAAGAAAUCAAUGAAUUGAGUGAUCGAUCGGAAAAUUGAUAGGGCGGAGAUGAAGCUGCGGCACGCAAUGGUGUGCUCUUCGAAUCAGAACAGGAGCAUGGAGGCGCACGCGCUGCUCAAGAGAGAAGGCUUCGACGUGGCUUCCUACGGAACUGGGCAGCACGUUAAGCUGCCUGGACCCUCCCUUAGAGAACCCAACGUCUACGAUUUCGGCACCCCCUACAAGCAAAUGUUCGACGACCUCCGCCGCAAAGACCCCGAACUAUAUCGGCGAAACGGAAUACUACCAAUGCUCAAGAGGAACUUAUCUGUAAAAACUGCCCCUCAGCGUUGGCAAGAAAAUGCUGCAGAUGGUACAUUUGAUGUGGUACUUACAUUCGAAGAAAAAGUUUUUGAUAUGGUUCUUGAAGAUCUACAUAAUCGGAAGCAGGUGCUUUUGAAGCCCGUUUUAGUUAUCAACUUAGAAGUAAAAGAUAACCACGAAGAGGCAGCAAUUGGUGGCCGGCUUGCGCUACAAUUAUGUCAAGAGAUCGAGGCUGCUGAAAACUGGGAGGAAUGUGUUGACGAUCUUAUCAUAAACUUUGAGAGACAAAACCACCGGAAGCUCGUCUACAGCAUCUCGUACUACUGAUCAUGUUUCGACUGAUACUAACAGGGAGAUCUGGCUACGAACGAAGUAACCAAGCCGAAGGCAAGCUUUGAGAUAUCAUCUCGAGAUCAAGAUUUCUCACUUGAGAAUUUAUUUGAAUCUCCUGUGCUAAAAUUAUGCUUUCUAAUCGGGUAAUCACAAGGUACCAGUGACCUACAGUAUGUAUACAAUUUUUCUAGGAGCGAGCAAGAUUGAAAUGAAACUAAUUGAAAUUUUAAUCCACUUAAGUAACUGCUUAUUCCUUA